AUGGUGGCUCAAGACACCCCGCUAAUCGCUGCAGUAAAGGAAUUCGUGAAUGACUACAUGUCUAAGUAUGAUUCGUCCCACAAUUACCAGCACAUAGAGCGAGUCCUGGCACAUUCCCUCUCAAUCCUACACGCAGCGCAGGCCUCUCCGCCCGAAACACACUACGACGAAAACCUAGUUAUCCUCUUGGCUCUCCUCCACGACGUCGGCGAUAAGAAGUACUCCACCGCUACCACCACAACCUCCAGCACCGCCGGACCCGCAGAAGACUUCUUACUAUCAGCCGGGGCAUCUCCGGACCUUGCGUCUCUCUUGCAAAAACUAAUUAACAACCUCUCUUACUCCCACGAGCAAACGAAUCCUCAGCAGGUAGCUGAGCUGGUAAAGCAGCAUCCGGAAUUGGCAAUCGUGCAGGAUGCGGAUCGACUGGAUGCGAUUGGAGCCGUGGGGGUUGGGCGGACCUUCACUUUUGGGGCCAUCAAGAACCAGGAGGGAGGGAUGGGGGCUGUUAUUAGGCAUUUUGAUGAAAAGUUGUUGAAGUUGGCUGACGGGAUGAAGACGGUUGAGGGGAGGAGGAUUGCCAGGGAGAGGGGAGAGAGGGUUAAAGCGUUUAGGGAAUGGUGGAGGGAGGAGGCUGGUGAGUGA